UCUGCUUGCUAUCUGUAUAUUCAUUACGGCUUUCGUUUUCCAUAACAUUUCUGACAUUUUGUUUUAACAUGGAAACCUGCAAGACUAGUUAGAUCCUCCUAUACCAAUAUCUUGUAGGAAAGCUUGUCUUUAACUAUGGAAACCGCCAAAGAUUUUUCUUCCCCGAGGCAAGCAACUCACGAAGCUCCCCAAUCCAGUCAUACUCAAGAAGCUGAUGACCAGAGAAACUCCCAUCGAUGGAGUGAACUCCAACUUCUGAGCCCAAUAAGAAAAGAAACCGAAUUGUGUGUGGUCCAGGGCCUCAGCGGUGAGCCAGCUCAAAGCAAGAGGAGUCGAAGGAUGCACUCGAUUUCUAUUAGCAUGCCAUGUUCUCCUUUGGAAGAUCAACAUCUUUGCCUGAAACAAGCUCCUUUCAGUGAUUAUGGUGGUAGAAUUCCGAGCUGCGGUUACAGAGAUACUUCAGCCCCUAGGAUUAGGAGUAUGCCACUACCGGAUAUGACGAAGGACAGGAGAUUUAAUUCAUUCAAAACGUGGUCAGGAAAGCUCGAGCAGCAGCUGCCAAAUUUACGUGGAAAACCACAGGAAGGGAAGCCAGAGGAUUUAAUAUUGCAAAACGCAGACAUGGAAAUAUUACCCGUGGAGAGAUAUUUUGAUGCACUACAGGGGCCCGAACUCGACUGUCUCAGGGCUUCAGAGGAAAUUGUUCUUCCACAAGACGAGCAAUGGCCAUUUCUGCUUCGGUUCCCGAUCUCUUCAUUCGGGAUCUGUCUUGGGAUCAGCAGUCAAGCCAUAAUGUGGAAGGCUGCAGGAGCGUCACCCUCCUUGAAAAUUCUCCACAUCUACCUCCACGUAAAUAUCUUCAUAUGGUUAACUUCGGCGGCUCUCAUUGUGACCGUCUCUGUAACAUACCUCCUUAAAUUGAUCUUCUACUUCGAAGCCGUUCGAAGGGAGUAUCACCACCCUGUACGGGUCAAUUACUUCUUUGCCCCGUGGAUCUCUCUCCUCUUUUUGGCCAUUGGAGCUCCAUCCUCAAUUUGUAAGAACCUCAGUACGAUAGUUUGGUACCUUCUUAUGGCUCCAAUCUUCUGUCUUGAGCUCAAAAUAUAUGGGCAGUGGAUGCUUGGAGGACAGAGGAGGCUUUCAAGGGUUGCCAACCCCUCGAACCAUCUUGCGGUCAUCGGGAACUUUGUGGGGGCCCUGUUAGGUUCUUCGAUGGGUUUAAGGGAAGGACCUUUGUUCUUCUUCGCCAUCGGGCUAGCGCAUUAUAGUGUCCUAUUCGUGACUCUCUAUCAGAGGCUCCCGACCAAUGAGACGCUCCCAAAGGAGCUCCAUCCAGUGUUUUUCCUCUUUGUCGCGGCUCCCAGCGUUGCCUCCAUGGCCUUGGCAAAAAUUCAAGGGUCUUUCGGCUUCAGCUCAAGGAUUGUUUACUUCGUAGCACUGUUCCUUUAUAUCACACUCGUGGUUCGGGUGAAUUUCUUCCGAGGCUUCAGAUUCUCAUUGGCAUGGUGGGCUUACACAUUUCCAUUGACGGGCCUGUCCAUUGCCACCAUCACAUACAUGAACGAGACAAGCAAUUUGGUAACCCGAUUGCUAUCUUUAGCACUCUUCUCCGCCGCCACAAUAACAGUUGCUAUUCUACUUGUAACAACCAUAUUCCAUGCCUUUGUGCUCCAAGACCUUUUCCCGAAUGAUAUUGCCAUUGCUAUCAGUGAAAAAGGGCCUAAAACGAACAGGAAAAGGCAACACAGCCAAGGAAUUUCAAAGUCCAAAGCUAAUGAAGGUUUGUUGAAGUUUGCAAGCGCAGAUAGUCAUGAUGUUGAAGCUGCUCUGAGAUCAACAGCUAAGUAGCAGAGGCUGUCUAGACCAAGGAACAUUAUAACGAUUGUUUUGGAGGAUGCAGGAUCAAUCUCGGGAAAUUGAAGUGUGAAAACAUGAAGUAAAAGUGUCGUGUUCGUAAAUCUUAGGCCAGUCUCAGACUAAUAUAUUUUAGUUUUUUCUAGUUCCUUUAAGGAUCUCAUUGGACAGUCCAAUUUGGUUGAUGGAAAAAUCUCGGAUGAUAGCUCGAAAGCUUAAGCUUGCUGAUGAAGCCA